UCUAGGAGAAUACAUAAAGCCUGCCUGUAAGAUCCUCAUCAGACUUUCUGAAACAUUUAUCACACAGACGUCGAUGUUGAGAAUGGAACCUGACAGAACUUUGAGAACAAAACUUCACCAGCUGGAAUGCCACUUCACCUGGGCUCUGAUAAAAGAUGAUAUAGAUCUACCGGAUGUUUUCAAUAGACUGCAAGAACAGAUUAAAAUGGACCUGGCAAAUAAAGAAAGACUUGCCCGAACUUACAGUGCUUUGGCAUAUGUCCAAUUCCUUCAGGAGUUUCACGAGGAGGCACAGAACAAUCUUGUGAUAUCCAUGGAGCUCCAUAUUGAAUGCCAAAGGAAUGAAUUUCACAAGACUCUGAUUGUAACUUAUGGAAACCUUGCCUGGUUAAACUACCACAUGAAGAACUACAAAGAGUGUGAAAGUUACCUGAUGAAGCUUCAGAAGAUAAAUGAAACGUUUCCAAAAGAGGCUUCUUCUGUUCCAGAGGUGCUUGGUGAGAAGGGAUGGACUUUUCUUAAAUUCUCACAGAAAUAUUACAACAGAGCCAAAGAAUGUUUCAGGAAGGCUUUAGAAUUGGAACCAGAUGAAGGCGAGUGGAACGCUGGUUAUGCCAUUGCUCUGUAUCGCACCGAAUUCGAGAGUAUGGAAAGCAAUUCGGAGGAUUCGCCCACAGUCAACCAACUGAGACGGGCCAUUGACAAGAAUCCAGAUGACGACGUUCUUAAGGUCCUCUUAAGCUUGCGACUGCUUGUUUUCAAGAAGUACAAAGAAGCUGAAAGCUUGGUAGAAAAGGCUUUAGAAAGAUCUCCAGAUCACCCACAUGUCAACCGAUAUGUUGGGAAAUUCUUCAGGAGUCGAGGGUCUAUGGACAGGUCGAUCACUCUUUUGAAGAAAGCGCUUGAACGCUCACCCGAUUCAAGUUUCAUACAUCAUCAGUUGGCUCUCUGCUAUAAGCAGAAGAAAAUCCAACUCCUGCAGGAACAAAGUCACCAUACCAGGGGUUCAAGAGUUCAACAGAUUCGUGAUCAAUGCAUCUACCAUUUAGAAAAGGCUACCAGCCUGACGACCUCCUUCAUUUCUGCAAUGAGCGAACUGGCACUGCUAUACGGAGAGAACCUCAACACAUCUCGGGCUGAGGAGCUGUUUCAGGUCACUUUCAAAACAGCUGAAGAGAAAAACGAUAAUUUGCAUGUGGUUCAUUUUUAUUAUGCUGAAUUCCAGUUAAAUUGCCACAAAUGUGACCCGUUAGCUAUCAAACACUUUAUGAAAUGUCUGAAGCUGAGCCCGAAAUCAAUCGAAGGAAAGAGAAGCGCCCAAAUUUUGAGGAGGAUCGCUGAGAACCGGAUUAGGAGGAAAUCGCAACAAGGGGAGGCUUAUGGGAUACUAGGGUUUCUUCAUAAGGAAAAAGGAGACAAAGAUAAAGCCAUUGAGUACUAUGAGAAAGCUCUGAGUUAUGAAGACAAUGAUGAGUUCCUCAGUAACCUUUGUGCUCUCAGGCUGUCCAUAUAGUAAAGUCACCUCAAAUUAUAUGAUUACACAGUUAUGCAAUAGCACUUGUGUGUGCUUCAUGAAAUGGCACUUUAUGGAUAUUUAUGACUGUAUAAA